AUGUUAUUCGCUCCUAGUGGACCUCAGAGUCCUCGUCGUCGCAGUCGGAUCAAGGCUAUCCUCCUUACAAUCUUCAUCGUCAUCGCCAUAUACCUACUGUUUUUCGCAAACACCAAGGUACCUGUCAAAACCGAGACUGGCACCUACGCCGAUCGACAUGGUGCUGCGACAACCUCAAAACCUGCAGGCGAGCUGGCUCGUCCUGUGAUCCCCAGCCAAAAGGCCAUGGUCGUGGCCAGCAUGAAAAAGGAUGACACGUCGUGGCUUCGACAGAACUUCCCCGACUGGUCCAAAAACAUUUACGUCGUGGACGACAAAUACGCGCCGUUGACGGUGGCGUAUAACAAAGGACGCGAGUCGAUGGUCUAUCUCUCAUAUAUCAUUGACAACUACAAUAAUCUCCCGGAGUCCAUGCUGUUCAUUCACUCCCAGCGCUACCAAUGGCACAACGACGAUCCAUACUACGACGGAAUUCCACCGCUCCAACACUUCCAGGUUCCAUAUCUACAACAGCAGGGAUAUGUCAAUCUGCGCUGUGUUUGGACACUGGGAUGCCCGACCGAGAUCCGCCCGCUCACCGAUACGCACCGCAACGACGUCCACGCAGGUGAAUACUUUAAAAAUGGAUUUAUGGAGCUGUUCCCAGACACACCGGUGCCAGAGGAAGUGGGUGUGUCAUGUUGUGCGCAAUUUGGCGUGUCUCGCGCCAAAGUCCUGGAGCGGCCGCUUGCUGAUUAUGAGCGCUAUCGCAAAUGGCUGUCAACCACAACUCUACAGGAUGAUCUGAGUGGACGCAUUAUGGAAUACUCGUGGCAUAUGAUCUUUGGAAUGAAACCUGUGCAUUGCCCCAAUGCCAAGGAGUGUUAUUGCAAAGUGUUUGGACUUUGUGAUUUGAAUUGUCCAUGGGAGGGUGGUUGCGAUGACCGCUAUGCUUUGCCACCGUACUCGUCCCUACCCAAGGGCUGGCCAGAGAUUGGAUGGAAGGGCCAAAAACAAGACACCUCACACGGACUGCCGGAAACCUGA